GGCUUGUUAGUGUUUUAGAACUCAAAUUUGUUGAUGUUACAAGUUAGCUACCUUAAAUUUUGAGAGAAAUGGAGAAUGAUGAAUUAUCUAGCAACUUAUGAGACUGUAUGCAAUGUAGUAAAUAUAUGCUCCUCCAUCCAUUCUCUUCCAUGCCAGCGGGGAUGGAUUGUGCAUUAUGCAUCAUAACAUUGACUAUCACUUUAUCGAUUUAUUGAAGUUAGAUGAUUAAGUAGACAGCAUACAAUUCUAACAAAAGCCAAAAUUUUGAGUACACUGAUUCAAUAUGCUCCUUGUUUUUUUUGGUCUACAGGUUAUGUUCUAUUUUACCUAGUAAUUUAGUUCUGAACUUAUGUCCCCAAGAGGUCCUUCUGCACUGUGUCAAAAGGAUAAAUUGUCAGUUUUGACAGAUUAACUCAAGUUUUUGAGAAUGAAGCUAAUUAUUAGGUGAACUUUUGACAGCAAUUGAAGUACAUAAAUAUCAACUGAUAUCCCAGACAUCUUUUAUGAUGCCCUAUUGGUACUCUUGGUCUUCGGUUGUUGCUUGAGAUUGAAAUUAAGUUUGUUCUCAGAAUUCAUCAGUUGCUUAUUUAGGCUUAGUUGUCUUUUGGAGUCUGUUUCAUUGUCUCAUCUUAAUGGAUCAUGUUAACAUAUGGCUACCAUUAGAUGCCAGGUCUACUGUUCAAAAUGUUAUCUAUAUCACACACCUUUUUAAUUUGAUUUGUACCAAACCAUUAGUUGGUCAAAAUACUCAGCAACUUAUAUAUAGCAGAGAAAUUGGACACUAAAAACAUAUUGAUGAGGAACAAGAAGCUAUUGAAUAGUUAUUUAGAUUAUUUAGUAUUUUAUGUAAUUAUGAUUAUUCAAGUGUUAUUUUAGAUUAUUAUUAGUUUUCUAGUUUUAUUAGGAUUAGAUUUUUUAUUUAAGAGUCUUAUUAGGUAUCUUCAUAUUUUGAGUAAGUCUUAAGUCCUAGUCUAAUUAGAAUAGGAAUUCUAUUUCUAGUUAAUUUAGGAAUUGUAGGAUUAUAAAUAUGCUUGUAACUUCUUUCAUUAUUCAGUCAAGUAAUAGAAUAUUUAGGAAUUUGCAACAAGAGUUUUCUCUUGAGAUUGUGUGAUGCAAUCUUGGUUGUGUGAUGCAACUAACCUUAGGUGUGAUGCUUAAGGGUUGUUAUCCUCUUU